AUGGACGCAAAAGAUACACCCUCUGAAGCGGCUGCUUCUCACCACGCCGCCAUGGAUACCUCCUCAUCAACGCGAUAUUCAUCAUCCUCACGAAGACCCUCUCACGCUCGUCCCUCAAAAGAGUCCUUCGACCCAAACUUGGAUGUCAACCUACCUUAUCGGACGCUCACUGCCAAUGCCCACAUGGAAGAGUACACUGUGCCAUCACGAACCGGUGAAGUCCCACUUGAUCGGACGCACAACCUCGUCACCUUUACGCCUGAUGACCCCGAGAAUCCCAAGAACUGGAGCAAGGCGUUCAAGUGGUAUUGCACCAUGGUUGUUGCGCUGACUUGUUUCGUCGUGGCGUUUGCGUCCGCCGUGGUGACGGCCAAUAUUCCUGGUGUGGCGGAGGAGUUUCACGUCAGUGAGGAGGUUGCUCUGCUGAGUAUUUCGUUGUUUGUCGUGGGUUUUGGUGUUGGGCCCAUGGUUUUUGCGCCCUUGAGCGAGGUAUAUGGACGGAGAAUCAUAUAUGGCUCUACUUUGCUAAUUGCGGUGGUGUUCAUCAUUCCCUGCGCUGUGGCUACGAAUAUUUCGACUUUGCUGGUUUGCCGAACUAUUGAUGGUAUUGCGUUUUCGGCGCCAAUGACUCUUGUGGGUGGAACGUUGGCGGAUCUGUGGAAGAAUGAGGAGCGUGGUGUGCCUAUGGCUGCGUUUUCUGCCGCGCCAUUCAUUGGUCCUGCGAUUGGCCCUCUUAUUGGCGGUUUCCUCUCCGACGCCACUGGCUGGCGCUGGCUCUACUGGAUUCAACUCAUCUUUGCCGCUGUGGUUUGGAUCCUCAUCACAUUCACCGUGCCCGAGACUUACGCACCCACGAUCCUCGCCCGACGAGCCCGGAAACUGCGCGCCUCAACGGGUAACAACUCCCACGUUACGGAGCAGGAUCUGGACAUGCGCCCCAUGUCAGAGCGUCUUGCCAUCUUCCUCAUCCGUCCGUUCCAGCUGCUCUUCCGGGAACUCAUUGUCUUUCUCAUCUCGCUGUACAUGAGUGUCCUGUAUGGCCUGCUGUACAUGUUUUUCGUGGCCUUCCCCAUCAUCUACCAAAAGGGCAAGGGAUACUCCGCCGGCAAGACGGGAUUGAUGUUCAUUCCCGUCGCGGUGGGGGUCCUGGCCGGCAUCUGCUCUGCCUGGAUCAACAAGCACUACUUGACGCUUGUGAAGCGAUACAACGGCCAUCCGCCCGCAGAAGCGCGUCUCAUUCCCAUGAUGGCCUCGUGCUGGUUCAUCCCCGUGGGGCUCUUCAUCUUUGCCUGGUCGUCGUAUCCGGAGUUGUCGUGGGCCGGACCAGCCAUGGGUGGAUUCCCCGUGGGUUUCGGCUUCAUUUUUCUGUAUAACUCCGCCAACAACUAUCUCGUCGACUCGUAUCAGCACCAGGCUGCGUCUGCACUGGCGGCCAAGACGUUCAUCCGGAGUUUCUGGGGCGCGGGCGUUGUGCUGUUCACGGAGCAGAUGUACGAUCGGCUGGGUGACCAGUGGGCGUCGACGCUGCUUGCUUUUAUUAGCUUGGCGUGCUGUGCUAUUCCGUUCCUGUUCUGGAAGUUUGGUGCUAGGAUUCGCGCGAGGAGCAAGUAUGCGUAUGGUGGGGAGGAUGCUGAUGAUUCUGGGGCAGAUGAUGUUGAGAAGGCGAAGCAGGGGAACGGGAAUGAGGGUGUUGUGCGGGAUGAUUUGGAGCAUGAUGAGGAUUUGAGACGAGCGAGGAGCUAUGUUAGCAAUCCUUGA